AUGUCCAGCGGCAAUACUACCAAAAGCCAAAGACCCUCCGAGCCGAUGUUGGUAUUGCAGCCUCGCAGAUGGCAUGAGAGGGGCUCAGCAGAUCACGGCUGGUUGAAGACUUUUCAUACUUUUAGGUAAGUCGACACUUGCUCUCCAAGACGCCCCCACGUUCAGACGCGCUGACACACACCGCCUCUUGUUUGUCAGCUUUGCAAACUACUACGAUGCCAGAUUUGAGGAUUUCGGACCGCUCAGAGUGCUCAAUGAGGACAGAGUAGCGCCAAAGACUGGAUUUCCAACCCACGCUCACAAUAAUGCAGAAAUUGUGAGCGAGCUGACGGGCAUGCAAGCGCGUUUUGGCGUUCCAUCUUUGUGCUCCUUGCGAUUCUGACCUUUUCACCCCUACGGUCUGUCCAACAAGUUCUCCUACAUCAUCUCUGGGCAGCUGACCCAUCGUGAUUCUAUGGGCAAUGUGGAGGUGCUCAAGCGGGGAGAAGUGCAGUUCACCAGUGCUGGGUCGGGCAUUCGACACAGCGAGUACAACGACCAUGCGAAUGAAGAGGUGCAUUUUUUGCAGAUCUGGUGCGUCUGUCGAGUAUUUUGCACAAUUGCCACAGAGCAUGCACUGACCCUGCUGUGACGACUUGGAUGCUCUGCUCUGCUUCACUUCAAAGGUACACGCCCAAUGAGCGCAACUUGACGCCCAAAUACUAUUCUACACCUCACAUCGACGAUUUGGAAAAGCGCAAUCGCUUCCUGACGCUCAUCAAGCCCGCAUACACAUUUAGCGCUCAAGAGGUAUCACGAACUGGUCUCUUGCCAGUGGGUCGAGCCAUCCCAGCUCACUGCAGUCUAUCCACCUCCGUCAGUCUGUUAAGCGCAGGCGCUUCGGUAAAAUACGCCAUCGGCUCUCAGACCGAAAGCAAGGCAGGGAGCGAAAGAUGGAUCUACAUUCAUCUGGCCAUGACGUCGGGCUGGAAAGAACCUCGUUUGCACGCUCAGCAUAUCAGGAAAUACGUCGUCCCCAAUCAACCUCACCAGACGAGAUUAGAGCAUGCGGCGCAGUUCCUUCGAGGUGCCUAUGCUCGUACUCCUUCGUGGGCCAGCCACCUCGCCCCUUCCAACCGAUCGUACCAGCCAACUCGAAAGGCUUUGAGCUCUCAAGCGAAGAGGCCAAGGGUCACUUUGACUUUUGCUCAGAGCAUCGAUGGAUACAUCGCCGGAGAGGGAAAGGAGCAGGUCGCGCUGAGUAGUCCUGAAAGCUUCGUCAUGACGCACGCGUGCGUCCGAAAUGUUUGAGCUUGCAUGCGCCGCGCGUCAUCUCUGCUGACUUUGCUCUUUCCCCCUGCUGGCUUUGCAGCUUGAGGACGAUGCAUGACGGAAUUCUUGUAGGCGUAGGUACGCUUAUCAAUGACAAUCCUCAACUCAAUGGUGAGGAAAGCUUGUUGGGGCUUUCGCAAGCACAAGUCAGACACCUUUCCUGACGCUUCGAGAAGAACGCAUCGGGACGUGUAGCUCGUCUCCUCUCGCCCUUGCCAACAGAUCAGACCAUUCCCGUCCAAGAUCUGCCUCGACCCAUCAUCCUCGACACGCACCUUCGCACCCCUCUAGACCGCAAGAUCUUGACCAACUACAGUGCGGGCACAGGUGCGAAGCCCCUGAUAGUGACGAGCUCACUCGCAACAUCCUCGGGACCGAGCGAUGAAGGAGCAGCGCGCAAAGAGGCGUUGCAGAGCGCAGGAGCUGAUGUUUUGGAAGUAGGAACGAAAGAUGGCAAGUUGGAUUGGGUUCAGGUCUUGUCGGGCCUGAAAAGCGCGGGUGUGGAACAUCUGAUGGUGGAAGGAGGGGCGGACGUGAUCAGUAGUCUGUUAGCGGCGCACCAAGAGACGACGAGCGAUGCGCGCAGCUCCGAUUCCGCAUCGACGCGAGCUUUCGAGGAUGUCGAAGGUCUGAUAGAUACGAUCAUCGUGACCAUUUCGCGCACCCAGCUAGGUAAAGGAGUAUCGUACGACGCACCUGCUUGGUUGAGUAGGAUAUUAUGUCCUAUGAGACCUCGUAGUCGAAAGGGAAAGACGAGGUUGGCAGCACUACCUCUACAAACACUCGCGCCCGAGCCUUUUGGAAAAGACUUUGUCAUGGUUUGGGGAGGAGCCGCGUUGGAUGUUGAGGAGGGUGCUUCUUCUGAAGCUACCGUACAGAUCGCUUUGGGCUCGUAUGAGCAGCAGCAGGAUGAAGAGCAAGAGGUCAGGCUCGAAGAGGGAGAUGGCGUCUUUGUAAGAGGCGCAAGGAGCGGACAGGAACUCGUCGUGAGGAAUUUGGUAGCAAAGGAUGCGGAACUGUGAGUGAGAUGAGGCGAAUGGAAGUGCAUCCCCGCUCAAGCUGUGUGACCAGAGCGCGUGUUCGAGAGCAGAUGUAUCUCGCGCUCCGCCUUGCAAUGCAAAUGCUCACUCGUCUUUUUUUCCUUCCAUACCGCCGACACAUCGUCGCUCAGCGUAUUGUUUGACGUCGAGCCCGAUCGGUAG